GGCAGCUUUAAACAGACAAUUGCCUUAUCCCCAGCAGGCUUCCAUUUUUAAGGGCCCCAUCAGGUAGAAUUUCAACCCUGGAUUCCAGCUAAGACUGGCUACAUUUAGCUCAGGCAUCAUUGGGUGCUGAGGAGCAAAAUUUGGGGGCCAAUAUGCAGAGAGAAGAGGUACAAUUCAGGGGUGUGCACCCUUACCAAAAGGAGGAGCAACUGCUAGUUUGGUAUGAUGGGCAGUCCUGCAGGAUCUUAGGAUUCCAAGAGCUCCGAGAUGGCCUGUCCACCCAAGGGUUCCAGUGCCCAGAAUGUGAAAAGGAGUUUCAAGGCAAGCUGUCUUUCCUGUCUCAUAAUUGCUUCCUGCUCCCCAAAAGAAAGGAUGGUACAACUGUCAAACUCAUGAGGCGUGGCACCAAUUUUCACAGCCUGGCACAUGACAUGGAGAUUGCAGGUGAUGAAGCCCUAAAAUCUAUACUACUGGAGAAGACAAACUGCUUGGAUGAGGCAUUUACUUCCAACAAGAGAGACGAAGGAUUCAUAGUCAGUGUGGUCUCAAGUAGCAGAAGUUCCGCAAAGAGGAUCCUGAAGGCGGAACAUAAGCAGAGUGCAUUUUCAGAAUUCCAAGGAGUAAAAAGUGUUUUAAACACAGAGAAAGAUGGCAGAGAUACAGCAGGAAGUGCCUUCUCACCAGUUCCCGCCAGACAAAAGAUGGCCUGUAGAAGUGGUGCAGAGAGCUUCUGUGAUAUAUUUAGUGGUGUCACAGGGAUGAGAAUUAUGGAUUUCUGCAAUAGUUUUUCUUCUCCCUAUGAAUAUUUAUCAUUAUCCAAUUCCUAUUCCGGUCAUCCACUUCCUGAAGUGAGGCAAAAACCUGAAGUGGUUACCCAGUCAAAUUCUCCCCAGCUGCUGCCACCCACGUUCACUCCUCUGGGUGUCACAGCACAGAACUGGUGUGCAAAGUGCAGACUCUCAUUUAGCAUGACCUCUGAUCUUGUACUUCAUAUGAGGUCACGCCACAAGAGGGAGGCUGGGGUAGAGACACAGCGCAAGAGGAGGAGAGAAUUACAGCUGUCCUGUCCUGUCUGUUAUGCUUGCUUUAGGGAACGUCAUCACUUGUCUCGUCACAUGACCUCACACUGCUGACAGGAUGCCCUUUUGAUCUCUAAUCCCAUCAUAUAAUAUCACAUUUGUAUAUCAGCCAAAGUUGUUUCUUUUUCUUAACUGAAGCUCAGCAAAUUGGAUUGCCUCAUUGUUGACUAGUGGUGUCUU